AUGGCUUCGAGGUGGCAGGUUUUGUGGGGGCUGACGGUCUUGGAUGAUGUUUUGAUUGAUGGGUCGGUUGAUGUCUCGAGUGAUGCCUCGAGUGAUGUCUCGGGUGGCGACUUGGCUGAUGCCUUGAGUGGUGAUGAUGACCCGUCAUCUUUGAAUGGCGAAGAGAGCAAGUUGCAAAACCGAAUUUAA